AUGCCCUCCUAUCUCAUCAUUGGGGCUUCAAGGAGUAUUGGCCUUGAGUUUAUUCGGGAAACGGCAUCCAAUUCAACCAACUUAGUUUUCGCCCUUGUGCGCAACAGAGACUCACCGCAGCUGGCUGAGUUUGUAGAAGGCAAUCCUAAUCGGAACGUAUAUAUUGUCCAGGUAGAUGUUACGGAUCAUGUUUCCUUCAAGGACGCAGUCGCGAAAGUUUCGGAGGUGACAGGCGGUUCGCUGGACGUUCUCAUCUACAACACUGCACGAACAGAUACCCCGUUCUUCUUCCGCAAGUUGUCCGACUAUAAGGAUGGUGCCGAUUUGGAUAAAGAAUUCACAGAAUCUUAUAAAGUCAACGUCCUUGGUUUCGCACAUGCGGUCAACGCUUUCCUUCCCCUCCUCCGUGGGGGCUCUACGAAAAAGAUUGUGUUGAUUAGCAGCGGUGCUGGUGACCGCGAAUUUGCACUGAAGACGCAUCAUGAUAGUUCAGCGGCGUAUGGCACUACGAAGGCGGCGGUCAACAUGAUCAUGACAAAGUUCGCUAUCGAGUUGAAGAAAGAGAACUUCGUGGUAUCCGCAAUGAGCCCUGGUCCGAUUGCUGGAUCUGCCAUGAUAGCUAACGAGAGCGACGAAUCCAACAAAGCUGAGCUGGCGAGGUUGUUGGAGAGGUUCCGCGAGGCGAUCCCCGACUUCGACCCUACGCCGAUGGCUCCGGACUUGCUGACGAAGAAAAUGUUGAAGGUUAUCCACUCACUCGGGCCUGCGGAAACGGGCACUAUCCGCUCGUCUAAAGAAGUUCGCUCGAUGGAAUUGUAG